CUAUCAAUGGUUGUCAUGGUUACAAUGGUGAUGUGCUUUUUUUAAUAAAUUUUGCCUUUCAAGAAAGGAUAAAAUAGCGAGAGAUCAAAAUGACGGGUCCCAGCGGGUCAUUAUGCCGGGUGGGUCGUUAUGCCAGCAAGCUCUGGGGUUUCGCAGAGACUGGACUCACUGGAGUGCGUCAAGGCUGGGGUGCCAUUGCGACCAGAGUGUUGGAGGUUGGUGACUUUGCACAAGCGCCGCGGUCAUACCGGUCAGCAGUGUACGGAGCAGUUCCAAUGGCCGGGGUUGGACAACCAAAGGGGUGCGCAGGGACACAAGGGACCAAUGAACUCAUUGACAUGGAGGUCAAGUACAGUGCACACAAUUACCACCCAGUGCCAGUUAUGUUCUCGCGGGCUAAGGAUGCAAAUGUCUGGGAUCCUGAGGGCAGGCAUUACCUGGAUUUCCUGAGUGCUUACUCUGCUGUCAAUCAGGGGCAUUGCCAUCCUGCCGUGAUGAAGGCCUUGGUUGAUCAGGCUCAGCGACUGACACUCAGCUCCAGGGCAUUUCACAAUGAUCAGUUCCCGGUCUUCGCCAAAAUGUUGACAGACACGUUCGGGUACGACAUGGUGCUUCCCAUGAACACUGGAGCAGAAGGAGUGGAGACUGCACUUAAGCUUGCCCGGAAAUGGGGAUAUGAGAAGAAAGGCAUCCCCAACGACGAGGCUGUGGUGAUCUCAUGCUGCGGGUGCUUUCAUGGCCGCACAAUUGCUGUCAUUUCAAUGAGCUGUGACAACGAGGCUACGGGGAACUUCGGCCCGAUGCUUCCUGGGCUUGUGAAAGUGGAUUAUGGAGAUGCAUCGGCCCUGCAAAAGGCACUUGAGGAACAUGGCGAUCGUGUGUGUGCGUUCCUUUUUGAGCCCAUUCAAGGAGAAGCAGGGGUGGUUGUGCCGGUGGAUGGCUAUUUGAAGGAUGUGAGAAGGCUCUGCACAGAACACAAUGUGCUGAUGAUGGCAGACGAAAUUCAGACGGGCAUGGGAAGGACAGGGAAGAUGCUUGCAUGCGAUUGGGAGGAUGUUCGCCCAGAUGUUGUGAUCUUAGGAAAGGCAUUGGGAGCUGGAGUCAUUCCUGUGAGCGCGGUGCUUGCAGAUAAAGAGGUUAUGAUGUGCAUCAGGCCUGGCGAACAUGGGAGCACAUUUGGUGGCAACCCAUUGGCAAGUGCUGUUGGGAUGGCGGCAGUGGAGGUCGUGAAGUCUGAGAACCUGGCGGAGAGGUCUGCCAUUCUAGGGGAGGAAUUCCGGCAACACUUGGAGAAGAUCAGACAGAAAUUUCCUCAUCUGAUAUCCAAAGUGAGAGGAAAAGGACUUCUCAAUGCUGUGGUGAUGAAUCAACAAGGUCUAGGAGGCGUAUCCGCCUAUGAAAUUUGCGUCGGUCUGAAGGAAAGAGGAAUAUUGGCGAAGCCCACACACGACACAAUCAUUCGGUUGUCUCCACCUCUUACAAUCAGUGCACAAAACCUGAAGGAUGCAGCAGAUGCUUUUGAAGCAGUUCUGGAGCAUGAUCUACCCGGUGGAACCGAGGUGGAGAGAGUAUUGCUUGAAUCAAUAGAGGCAGCAGGAUAGGAACCGCCAUUCCCGUGUCGAAAUGUACAGAGUUCGUUCGUUCGUUCGAAGACAGUGUCAAUGUUGAUCGCGGUGAGUGGGUUAGGAGGAGAAAGAAUGCUGGUGGGUGGGUUAUGAUGAGAAGAAUGUGGGUGGAUGGGCUAUGAUGGGCUGUGACGAAGCCCUUGCUACGUGUGGUGAAACAUGAUUUGAUCAAUUUUGAUGUGAUUUUCUGACACCGUACAAUACCAUUUGCGGCUGGUCAUCAUGGCCGACGAGAGGUGGCGAUACUACACCGUGGAGAAUUCUCUAGCUGUGGCUCAACCCCCCCAGGUGGCAGGGGUAAUCAAGAAAGUUGUUACCCGUUGUGCCAGGGGUAAUCAAGAAAGUUGUUACCCAGGUGGCAGGGGUAAUCAAGAAAGUUGUUACCCAGGUGGCAGAGGUAAUCAAGAAAGUUGUUACCCAGGUGGCAGAGGUAAUCAAGAAAGUUGUUACCCUUUGUGCCAGGGGUAAUCAAGAAAGUUGUUACCCAGGUGCCAGGGGUAAUCAAGAAAGUUGUUACCCAGGUGCCAGGGGUAAUGGAGUUAUUGAAGUUGUUAAUCUCAACGCGGGUCAGCUGUAAGUCUGCAAUAGAGUCGUCGUUAAACAGUUUGCAAGCUGAGGCAAAGCUGGUCAUGGCGACAACGAACGGCUUGUCAGAGAAUGGCGUUGUGCGGCAGCAUGGGAUCUUGUGCUGUUGUCUCGGCAGGAAGGGGGAGGUCUGAGUUCUUCUCUCCAACGAAGUCUGGCUUGCGAAUGCGAUUCUUAAUUCUUCUUCUGCAGGGGAAGGGUCUUCUGAUCAGCAAGGACGGCAGGGAGGGGUAUAGAUAGAGAAGCUUGUCACAGGCCAACUCGGUACGAAGGAGGGAGAGAAAGCUCCGCUCCAUCGCGAUGACAGUCAGCCACAUGAGGAAGACCCGGUACUGUCACCUACCGUCUUCACCCGAAUGUAACCGAAUAGAACGCCCCGAAUGUAACCGAAUAGAACGCCCGGUCAUUAUCGCUGCAUCUGGCACAACCUCCAGUCCAGAUGCACAGCUGUAAUGACCGGGCGUUCUAUUGGAGUGAAGACAUAUUGGGGUGAAGACAGCAUGCAAAUAUUUGGCCUGCUGCUAUGCCGGACCACUGCACCGGAAUUUGCACAGCUUGUUGAACCAGUAUAAUAGGUUGCACAGUUGUGCCGCUUGUGUGUUUCCAUGUCGUAGCAGAUGGUAUGACGUGCCGAGAAUCAUAAGUGUGUUGUGGUUACUGGUAGCGACUUCUGGUGUGUAAGGAUGCUCGCUCCGAUCCUAUCCUGUGAGGAGCUUUUUUUUUUUUUUUUUUUUUUUUUUUUUUUUUUUUUUUUUUUUUUUUUUUUUUUUUUUUUCAGCAGUUUUUUUUUUUUUUUUUUUGGGGGGGGGGGUCGGAACGGAUUCUUCACUAGAUCGAAUUUUUAGCGAAAAGGUGGAGAAAGGUGUAUCUUGUGAGGAGUUGUGAUGCUGAGGACUAUGUCUCUAACCAGAGCAGCAGCAGCAGCAGCAGCAAUGGAAUCGAAAUCGUCCUAAGAUUGGCAACACACAGGAGGUGGAGAAGUUGUGCAGAACGCAGUGCAUGACGUUCACGGCAGAAUGGAAUAGUCCCAAGAGGGCCAGUGCAGAAUGGAAUUGUCCCAAGACUGAAUACAGGUGGGUACUAGCUGGAUGAAGCAUGGGAGUUGGGGGAGUGUUUGGCUAUCAAUACGAUAGCCGUACGAUUCAUUGUGCCGGCCAAGCACGAUUCAUUGUGCCGGCCAAGCACGAUUCAUUGUGCCAGCCAAGCACGGCAACGAGGGCCUGGCUGAGGUGUAGAUAAGCAGCGUUGUCUGUGUGAACUGUAGAUAAGUAUAAGUGCCAUCAAGUA